CAUGUCGGCCGAGAUGGAGUUCUCAGGACGCCUCGCAGUUGUGACCGGUGGAGGCAGCGGCAUCGGCGAAGCCAUCUGCCGUGUGCUGGCUGAAAAAGGAGCCCGUGUCGUGGUGGCGGACAUCAACUUAGAAGCGGCCGAAAAGGUCUCGAUCUCCCUGCCAGGUUUCAAGCAAGGCGGGCAUGACCAUCGUGCAGUGAAAGUGGAUGUUGGUGAAUCGGCAUCCGUUGAGGAGCUCUUCCGGGUCAUUCAAGGUUUCAGUGGAGGCACACCCAUGAGCAUAUUAAUCAACAACGCCGGCACUGGUGCUCUCUUCACUUCGAUCACCGACGCUAGUGAAGAUGACUUUGAUCGCAUAAUGAAGACAAACCUGAAGGGCACAUUCCUUAUGAGCCGCGCGGGAAUUCGCCUAAUGCUGGCUGCUGGGAUUAAGGAAGGAGCCGUGGUCAACGUGUCAAGCCUUGCUGCCAAAAGUGGCAUCAGGGGCAAUGCCAGUUACACAGCCUCGAAGGCUGGCAUCCUGGGUCUCACAAGGUGCAUGGCACUAGACGUUGCAGGCACGGGCAUUAGGUGCAACGCCGUACUACCAGGCUUCACGAAGACGCCUCUGUCGGAGCGUCUUUCCGAAGAUGAGAAGAAGCAACUUAUUGCAAGCAUACCACUCAGCCGCCCUGCUGAACCACGUGAGGUGGCACAGGUUGUGGCAUUCCUGUGCAGCCCACAGAGUUCGUACAUGAUCGGCUCCUGUGUCGAUGUAUCCGGCGGAGCCAUGUUUUAA